AUGUGGGAGCGCACGCUCCAGGAUCUCAUUCGUGGCUUGCGGGCCAACAAGAACGAUGAAAGCAAAUUCAUUGGACAGGCCAUGGACGAGAUCAGGCGUGAAAUCAAGAGCAAGGAUAUGGCGCUCAAGGCUGGUGCUGUUAUGAAACUUACAUAUCUGGACAUGCUAGGAUAUGAUAUGAGCUGGGCUUCCUUUCACAUCGUAGAAGUCAUGUCGUCCCCCAAGAUUCAUAUCAAGAGUGUGGGAUAUCUUGGUGCCGUCCAGUCGUUCAAUGAGGACACGGACGUGUUGAUGUUGACUACCAAUUUGCUCAAGAAGGAUCUAAGUUCAACGCCUGCAGAUGUCGCAGUCACUCUAAACGGUGUUUCUUCUAUUAUGACUGCAGACCUUGCACGCGACCUCAGUCCUGAAUUGGUCGGUAUGCUCAACCACUCCCGACCCCACAUACGCAAGAGAGCAGUUGCUGCUAUGUACAGGGUGUUCCAGAAGUACCCUGAUGCUCUCCAUCAUGGUAUCGGCCGAUUGCAGGAAAAGCUAGAAGAUUCGGAUCCAGGUGUGGUCUGCGCGACUGUAAAUGUCUUGUGUGAGCUCGCCCGGAGAAACCCACAAGACUACCUUCCGCUCGCCCCGCAGCUCUUCCAUCUCCUAACCACAUCGUCUAACAACUGGAUGCUCAUCAAAAUCGUCAAGUUGUUUGGUUCUCUCUCUCCUCAUGAACCACGGCUAGUGAAAGAAACUGCCAACCACCGAUCACUGACCUCAUAUCCACGACAGUCCGCGAUAUCCCUUCUAUACGAGUGUGUACACACAUGUAUCAUCGGUAAUAUGCUACAAGGCAAUACUGGCGACUCGCUUGCGCGGACGUGUGAUCCGGAUCAGAAUCUGAAGUACAUUGCCUUACUUGCAAUGGUGAAGAUUGUACCUACACAUCCCCAUUUGGUCGCAGAGCACCAGGAUACAAUCCUUUCCAGUGUCGACGAUGAAGAUAUCAGCAUCCGUAUGCGUGCGCUAGAUCUGCUCUCAGCACUCGUCAAUCGAGACAAUCUACAAUCAAUUGUGCAGCAGGUGUUGUCACAUCUUGUCAAGCCCGAGUCCUCCGCCUAUUCCCAGUCUGCAGUGCAAUCCCUAUCUCAACACAUCAUCCCGUCUACUCCUGCAAAAUCCCCAGGUGCACCAUCUCAGUCCACCGCCUACCGCCUUGUCCUGUCACAGAGGAUCAUGACAAUGUGUUCUCAAAACACCUAUGACAAUGUCAUCGAUUUUGAAUGGUACCUCUCGGUCCUCGUUGACCUCGCAUACGUAUCGAACGUCGACAUUGGCACGCAAAUUCGUGACCAACUAGUAGACGUUGUCGGACGCGUGAGAGCGGCUAGGAGCUAUGCAGUUAAGUUGAUGGUGAAGGUAUUGUCUGAUGAUACGUUCUUGCUACACGCAGGUGAGCAGGGUAGCUGUUCCGAGGUGCUGUGGGCGGCGGCUUGGAUAUGCGGAGAGUACUGCGGCGAGCUUUCUGCGCCAGACGAACUUAUUCCCUACUUACUCCAGCCAGAGAUUGCGUCUUUGAGGCCUGAUAUAACUGCUGUGUGCAUACAAUCGGCUACAAAGCUCUUCGGAUACUGGGCUUCAGAAGCGGCAAAGCAGUGGACAGAGAGCUUCCUCGAAGACCUCAAGAAAGCCGUUGAUAUCAUGAUUGAACAGAUGGAACAAUUUGCAUCGAGCACCCAGAUCGAAGUCCAAGAACGUGCUGCGAACGUCCUUCAACUGCUCAUCUUCAUCAAGCGCGAUGUAGCGAUGUACAAACCAAAGCAGGAAAAUGGGUUCUCGGACCCGAGUACAGCCGCCUUCGACCCCGUAUUAGAACCGACUUUUCCAAAGAGUCUCUACCUUAUUCAACCACUCUUCUCAUCGCACGAACUUAAUCCUGUUGCAUCCAUCGCGCAAGCGAGUGUGGCCGUUCCUGAAGGGCUUGACCUGGACGCAUGGAUUGUGCCGUCAAUGCAAGAUCGUGUUGCGGAAGAGGGUGACGACGGUGAGGUGACUGAGCGGAAGAUCAAGAGGAACAAGAAAGGGAAGGAGAAGGAGUCUGCAAGCAGGACAAAGGUUAAGAGCGGGAAGAAGAAGCAGAAGGAGGGGCAUUACCAGGAGGAGCUUGCACCGCAAGAAGAAGAGACAGCCGAAGAAAAGGCUGAACGAGAGAGGCUUAAGGCCGAGCGGCUGGAACGAAUGCGGGACGAUCCAUACUAUAUCGUGGACGACCGACCUCAGAAGCCACCUGCAGAGGAUGUCGAUUCAAUCCCCGUUGUCCGACUAGACGGUCCCUUACCACUACCAGAGGAACCCCGCCUUCCUGGGCUGAGAAGCAGCGCGUCCAUACGAUCCACUCCUCCAUCGUUUGUCGUGGAAAGAGGGGGCGAGAUGCCUGCGGGCAUUGUCAUCACGCCGCAACCGUCAACUCCCGUGCCAUCCUCACGGCGCCAAACUCCAAACCUAUUUGACGUCACCGCGACGCCUCCACCUCCCCUUCCUUCUUUCCAAUCAUACGAAGUUCCUGAUGACGAACUACGCACGAGCACUCCAGAGCCCAUCAAAGUCACACGUGCAAAGAAGAAGGGAACAAGUACAGCGAAGAAGAAACGAACAGUGAAACCAGAGAUGAAGGCAGGGGAUGAAAGUACAGUAGUCAUACAUUGA